GGUACCUGUCCGUAGGUUCUAUGGCCGCCCAGGGGUCCGUGAAGGCGGCCCUGCAGGUGGCCGAGGCGCUGGAGGCCAUCGUGAGCCGCUGCGUGGGUCCCGACGGGGGCCAGGUUCUGUGCACGAAGCCCACGGGCGAGGUGCUGCUCAGCCGGGACGGAGGCCGCCUCCUGGAGGCGCUGCACCUAGAGCAUCCGGUCGCCAGGAUGAUAGUGGCAUGUGUUUCCAGUCAUCUCAAAAAAACAGGAGAUGGUGCUAAAACAUUCAUUAUUUUUCUUUGCCAUUUACUCAGAGGACUUGAUGCAAUCACAGAAAAGGAUUCAUCGAUUUCUGAAAAUAUUCAAACUUAUGAAAGGCAUUGGAAAAAUUGUUGUCAAUGGAAGUUUAUUGCCCAAGCUCUACUAACAUUUCAGACACAAAUAUUAGACUAUAUCAUGGACCAUUACUUAAGUAGACACUUUUUGUCCAUCUUUUCUUCACCUGCUAAAGACAGAGCAUUAUGUAGGAGCUCCUUAGAAUUACUCUUAGAAGCAUACUUUUGUGGAAGAGUUGGAAGAAAUAACUAUAAAUUUAUUACACAAUUGAUGUGUGACUACUUUUUCAAGUGUAUGACUUCUAAAAGUGAGAUGGAAGCGUUGGAGUUAGUAGAUAACUCUUUUGUGGAGUUGAACAUUGGUAUCACUGGCCUUCCUGUUUCAGACUCUAGAAUAAUGGAUGGGCUUGUGCUUAGCAGAGAUUUUUCUGUUUAUUGUCCAGCAGAUGGUGCCAUUAGAAUGGUGAUAGUAAGAGAAAUCAUCCAACCUCUCUUUUCCACUUCUAGAUCAGAGUUUAUCCUAAAUUCAGAAACACAGUUUCAGUCAUCUCACUUUUGGAUUAUGGAAAGGACAAAGGCAAUAAUGAAACAUUUACAUAGUCAUGAUGUAAAAUUGCUCCUAUCUAGUGUGAAGCAACCAGACCUGGUUAUUUAUCAUGCAAGACUGAGUGGCAUGUCCGUAGUGGAGUGUUUAUCAUCGGAAGAAUUGUCACUUAUCCAGAGGAUCACUGGCUUCUCUCCCUGCAGCCUACCACAGGUCUCUUCAUUGUGUGAAAUUUCUAGCACUGCUUUGGUGAAAUUUUGUAAACCCCUCAUUCUUAGAUCAAAGAGGUAUGUUCAUCUUGGCUUGAUGAGCACAAGUGCAUUUAUACCACACUGUGUGAUUCUUUGUGGGCCAGUUAUAGGUAUUGUUGAGCAACAUGAGAGGGCUUUACACGGGGCAUUUAAAAUGCUUCGGCAGUUAUUUACUCACCUCAGUCUGAGUUACAUAAUGCAAAACAAGGACCAGUAUGACUCAUCAAGUCCUAAAAGCAGCAGAGAAAAUAGUAGUCAGUUACCAGACCCUGGUAAGUGUCAGGACAUAAUAGUAAAGAACAGAGAUAAGCUGGAAAAAAAUCAAAUACAUUUAAAAGUGCUUUCAAGUUUGGCAGUUUCAGAUGCACAAUUACGAACGUAUAUUCCGUGUUUGACAUCCAAAAUGACAACAGCAGAUACACUCCAAACAGAUGAAACAUUGAGGUGUUUGUCUCCUGAAAAACAUGAGGUAAUUGAUGGCCAUGUAUUAUUAGUUGAGACUAAUUCCACUGGAAAUUCUACAAGAGAAAACCCUAGACUAGAAAUUGAUGAAAAUUUAGAAGUCACAAAAAUAGCUGGAAAAAGGUGUCUGUGUACAGUGAGACACCAGUCAAUGGAUACUACAUGUAUCACUUCACAAGACUGUUCCUCAUCUGUACCAGCAGGUUGUGUUUUGCCAGUAGGUGGUAAUUUUGAGAUCCUGUUACAUUACUAUCUUCUCAAUUAUGCCAAAAGCCAGCAUUCAGAAAAAAGUAUGGUGAGUAUGUUAAUAGCUAAUGCACUUUUAGGCAUUCCCAAAAUCCUUUAUAAGCCUAAGAAAGGAAAUUACAGCUUUCCCCAAAUGUAUUUGAGAUCUCUACAGGCACUGUCAACCAAUCAGCUCAUGAUAAACCAUCAGGCAGGUUUGGAAUCGGUAACUGGUAAGUAUCAAUUACUUACGUCAGUUCUUGCAUGCUUGACAAAAAUACUAACCAUUGACUUGAUAAUCCAUGUGAAGAGACAGCCUCAGAAGAAUUGUGAUCAAGAUUCAGAAGAUGAACUUUAACAGCAUAAGACUUAAUUAACCAAACUUAAUUCAACUCCUUACAAAACAGCAUAUAACUGCUGAUUUUCAAGUCAAUUCAGCCUUUUGCAGAAAUGCACUAAAUCAUAAACAUUAACUCUUGAAAAGAAAUUCUGGCUAAAUGUGUUUACAGUUCCUUUUCACUUUAUUCAUACCCCCUUUACCUUUUGUGUAAGUAGUUCAUAGUUUCAUGUAAUAUUCAACUUGAAUAUGGUCUUUCAGUGUCAUAUUUUAGUUGUUUAUAAACAUGUACAAAAUACUGUCUGCUCAUAUUUUUCUGUAUUCACAAUUUAUGAAGCAGUAAAUCUAAUGUUUUCUUUGGAAAGCAUUUUUUUUUCCUUUCUGUACUAUUUGAUUUGUUUGUUUCAUUUGAAAAACUUGGGUAAAUUUUUAUCAUUCAUGCACCAUUGAAUAUUACCAGACAGGUCUAUGCAUUAUGUAUGUAUUUGUCUAUGAUUAAAAGUUGAUGCUAAAAAAGAUAGGGAGCUCUUUUCAUUUCUUCUUGGCUCUGAAUAUCUUAUGCAGAUGUUCUCUGUAGUUCCUGGCUUCUCUUGUGUUUGAUGCAUAGCCAGAAUUUAAUAGUAAUGAGUAAUUUGGCAGUUAUUUCUAAUGUAAAUUUAUGAAUGUUUGUAUUUCAUUUUAAAAACUUACAACUGCAAAUAGUACAUAGAUAAAGCUGUGUUUCCUACUUUUAGUACUUCUCUGUAACAUCCAAACUGUUUUGUUUAUACCAAGUGUUUGCCUGCUAGGUCAUACUACUUUGCUUUGUUUUUGUUGUUCCAGUCAGUCAUUAAAGGCAUUCAAAGACUUCA